AUGUCGGAGAAGGACGAAACUAGGAUAUUUUCAUUCGAGAUCCCAGACAGUGCAAUAGACGUCUACUACACUCCAGAGGACUUCUAUGAGGAGGUUUUGGCUCUGAUACGAGGAGCCAAGACUCGGUGUAAGAUGAUUACUCUGUAUGUUGGUACAGGGGAUAGGGAGAGGGAGAUGCUGAGGGCCUUGGGAAGGGAAUGCAACGCACCUGAGAGGACACUGGUCAUGGACUACUUACGAGGCACGCGUAAAGACCACAAAACAGGGGCUAGCUCGGUGUCCCUGUGUAAGAAGGAAGUAUUGCACGAUCAUACAGGGGAGCUGAUACGGAACCCUGCUGAACUGAAGUUCUUUUGCAGUCCGAUGUACAAAGGCGCUGGCCGGGUCUUCCUACGGGAACGACAGAAUGAGGUUUUGGGGGUACAGCACAUGAAGGCUAUUGUCGCUGAUGACACUGUCCUUCUCACAGGAGCCAAUUUUGGUGGCAGCUACUUUAGGGAUAGGCAAGAUAGGUGUCUGGUACUACGUAAUUGCCCCGAUAUCGCUGAGUUCGUAAGCAGUGUAAUAGAUGCCGUGUCCAGUGCAUCUAUAGACGUAGGAGAGGCAAGGCAUGGUCAACAUCAUGAUGCUCCAAAGUCUAAGGAGACUAAAAGGAUACUUCGAGAAAAUUUUGAGAAAGUUUUCGAUAAAUUCAAGGACUUCAACGGAGGUAAGCUCCUCGCCUUGAGCCUGUUAGUGUACUUGAACGGAAGGGACGGCUCCACUGUUGGAAGAGAUUCACCUGUUCCCGAGCCGAAGAAUACUAAGCGAUGCAUAGUCCAGGUGGGCAUCCAGUGCGGAUACCUCAACAUGCAUGCUGAUCAAGAGCUGCUGUGGAGACUCCUUGAGAUCAUGGGGGAUGGGGAUGGUAGUCGGCUGGUGAUGGCUUCAGGCUACGCCAACCCUCCCCCUGGCAUUGAAGGAAUGCUUGCAAGUCGCCCUAUCGAUGUCAUCGUCGCUUGUCCGAAGGCUAAUAGUUUCUAUAAGAGCGGUGGAUUGAGCCAGCAUAUACCAGAUAUGUACACUACGAUGGAGGUUGACUUAAUGAAAAGAUUAACGCGUGGAACGCUGCAUGAAUACGAACGACCGUACUGGACUUUCCAUGCGAAGGGCAUCUGGGGUUAUCGAUCUGUCGGGUCUACACCUGUUGGAUGCCUAGUGGGUAGCAGUAACUACGGCUAUCGGGCGCGGGAUAGAGACCUUGAGAUGAGCUUCUUGUUCCGUACGAAGGAGGGCUCAGCCUUCAGUGGCAAACUGCAAAAGGAGGUUGAUAAUAUGAUGGAGUAUUCAUCGACAGUACCGACCCCAUCGGAACUGAUUACCGCACGAAACAUCCCAGCCUGGGUUCAGACUUUUACUAGGAAUGAUCUCCUUGGAAUGCCAUUCUAUCGUACAUACUUCCUCGUCCACAACGAAGUGACCAACCAUGAACUGAGGUGCUUGGUUAAGGAGAUGGCUCGAGCAGUGACCAACAACCGGGGUGUUGUAUUCAGCUUUGAGGACCUCGGCUGGAGAAAUCUACCUUACUUCCUAUUGAAGCAGGGGUAUCGGCGAAAGUUCUUCUAUGGGAGGUGGUUUACCAUGAACUUUGGAGCUCAUCCGGCAUCAUGGAAUGCCAUUGAGGAGAUAGGCCGUCACAACACGGGCAUUCUACGGCUAAGUACGGAGAAGGUUACGCCUUAUAACAAUAUGUGGAAGUUACGGUACUUGAGGACCAGACUUGGGUCUACCUUUUACAAGCCUAUCAGCUUCUAUACGGGUACCACUGAGAAGGAGACCAACAUGCCCAAUGAGGACUUCUCUAUUUGA